GAUUUGACUUACAUAUAUAAUCGAUCAACUCACAACGUUAAAACAAUUCAACUCGAGCACAGAGCUAACACAUAUUGAUUAAAGUUUGCCGGGAUAAUAUAUAUUUUAAUUUUUGUUAAAUAACAUACAAAUUUACGACUUAAUAACGGUACAUUUAGGUGUACUCAAAAAUCUAGUCAAAGUAUCUUUCAAUUUAAGCGCUUUUAAACGAUAAAAAACAUUAGUAAAUUAGUGUUCCGUACAUGAAUAACCUGUACAAUAUCCAUCGUCUAUGGAUGUACAUUCUAGAACAUGAGAUUAUCUUAAUCGAUUGAUGAAUUAUCAGUAGAAAAUAUUUAUAUAGUGAAUCGAUAUAGUAUUUCGAAUACAAUUACUACACAAACUUGACCCAUAAAGUAAUUAAAAAUAUAAACUUUUACAAAAAUAUAAAUAUAUAAUGAAUAAUAUAGUGAUAACAAAUAUUACACAUAAUUGUUAAUAUUUAUGUAUGUGUAGAAAUACGACAUAAGGGAAAUGGUUUAUUAGUCAUAUUCUUCAUUCGACAAGCUUUUAGCUCUAAAAUUGAUAAUUGAUAUUAUUUAGUCAAUACGAAAGCAAAAUUAUACAUAAAAUGUCAACAGCGUUAUUAGCUGUUGUGGCUGUGAUACUCUGUAUCCUAUUUAGAAUAUUAAAUGUCAGCAGUGCACCUCAAAAACCGGUAUUAGUAUGCCAAGAUGUUGCUUUUUUAUCAACAAUUCUUAAAAUUGCUCCAGUUAUUGCUGAACCUUAUAAGCCAACCAGAUUAUGGGGAUUCAGUGGACAUGUACAAACUAUUGUACACAGCAUAAUUGGUCGCGUACGGUGUCCAUGGCCAAUUGGAGAUCGAAUUUAUAUGAGUUUGACUGAUGGAACAACUUUGACUUAUGAUUUAUACCAACCAUUGAGCAAUGGUUAUGAAGAUGAUGUAACUGUUGCUAUUGCUCCGGGAAUUGGAAACAGCUCAGAGAGUGUUUAUAUUAGAACAUUUGUACAUUUUGCACAAUGCCAUGGAUACAGAUGUGCAGUAUUAAACCACGUUGGUGCACUUUCAAGUGUUAAAGUUACUGCUCCUAGAAUAUUUUCUUAUGGAAAUACAGAUGAUUAUCACGUUAUGCUGUUGAGCUUGCUCGACAAACAUCCCAGUACAAAAAUAGUUUGUGUUGGAUUCAGCUUGGGUGGAAAUCUUGUAACUAAAUACUUAGGUGAACAACGAACAAUAUCUAAACCUUCCUGUAUUAUUGGUGGUAUUUCUAUCUGUCAAGGCUAUGAUGCAAUUGAAGGAACGAAAUAUUUACUCAAUUGGCAGAAUUUCCGUCGUUUUUAUCUUUAUAUAAUGACAGAAUCUGUAAAAAAUAUUAUUCUUAAACAUAAAAAUGUCUUGCUUUCGGAUGAUGUGAAACAAAAGUAUAACUUGAAUGAAAGGGAAAUUAUUUCUGCAGCUACACUACCAGAAUUAGAUGAAGCCUAUACACGAAGAGUGCACAAUUUUAGAUCCGUGACAGAAUUGUAUAAAUGGAGUAGCUCUAUUAAUUAUUUACAUAAUAUUAAAACACCAAUUGUAUUUAUCAAUGCAUUUGAUGAUCCAAUUGUUCCUGAAGUAUUAUUAGAACCUAUAAAAAAAUAUACUGCAAGUCAUAGCAAUACUUUAUAUAUACAAGUAGCUCAUGGCGGUCAUCUUGGCUUUUAUGAAGGUGGACUGCUAUAUCCUAAUCCCAUAACUUGGCUAGAUCGUACCUUAGUUUCUCUAAUUGGAUCUUUGACUUUGGUAUACUCGGAUCGAAUAAAAGUAUCAUAAAUUUGCUUUCAGUUUACGUACAUCAUAGAUUAAAUAAUAAUUAAAUCGUAAUUGCUAGUUAUAGUCAUAAAGCUAAAUGCUUAAAUCUACUUUUUAUAUAAUUUUUUAAUAAUAAGAAUCACUUUUUUGAACCCUUUGAGGUCAUACAUAAAAGCACUUGAUUCAAAGUUCACUUAUGCACAAAAAGUUUAUUGAAACUUUCGAUUAUUAAAUCUCAGGUUCUAAUUAUCAUAAUUUAUUUAUUUAUUUUUUUUCAAUAAAACUUUGAGAUCUUAUCAAGAGGAAUGUCGGUCAAAAUUGAAAAAAAUGUUUAAAGAACCAAUUUCUUUCGAUAAUUGAUAUUUUUAUCAAUGUUUGGCAAAAAAUAUCUGAUUGAUAGCGUCAUUAAUUCGAAGAAUAAAAUUAUUGAGUACUAUAAUCAUGAAUAAUUUCGUGAAUAAAAUGAUUCUGUGAAUUUAUGAUUAUUCAUCAAUGAAUAUUCUGAUUUUUUAAAUUAUCAGUUACAGUAUUAAUUUACAAUUUUACUCAACGAAAGAGUCGUGUGUGACCUCAAAGAUUACAAUUAUUUUAACACCGCAUUUUGCAAAUAAAACAAUUUUGAUCAAAUCAUAUUUUGUAGAGAUGUAAGUACAAAA